UCUCUCUCUCUCAUAUAAAUCUCUCUCACGCCUCCCUCUUUUCUCUCUUCUCAUUCAUUAUUCAAUAUUCCAGCAAUCCCCACGCCUCCCUCCUCACACCAAUUUUUCCUCCUCCUCCUCCUGUCCACAUGUGCGACGACGAUUUGGGUCAAGUUUGCCAUGUCCGACGACUCCCUCGUCGUCGAGAUGCUUCUCCGCCUCCAACAGCCUCCGCCGCCGCCUCCUGACAAGACCUCUCCCUGUCUUCAACUCCACUGGACCGUUCGUCAGCGCCGUUCUAGGUCUGCUCCCAGACACGUUGGUGCCUCCGCCCACAAGAAAGAUGAACCGACCAGAGCCAGCCCUACCACGCCUCUCUCCUGGAGCGGCGCCACCUCUGCCAGCGGUGGCGGUGCCGCUGACGGAUCUGAAGAGUCCAGCCGUACCACAAAACCCCUCAAAACCUCAAGAUCUAAGGCCGCUAAUCCGAGCGAAACAACCACCACCAAGAAGUCUAGAAGAAAAAAGACUUUAGCUGAACUGAAAGAGGAGGAGAGUGUGUUGUUAAAGGAACGGAGAAAUCUGAAAAGUGAAUUGGCAUCCCUGCGUCUCACUCUAGAGAAACACAGGGCAACAAAUGAACGCCUAAAGAAAAUGAAGGUUGAUUGGGAGUCAAGACAACACUUGAAACACGAUACAAACCCAGGGGCAUCCGACAGGGCCAUGGUCGACCAACCUCAGCCUAUGGACACACAGUGUCAUACUUCUCAUUCUGUGUCUCCGACAAGUGUACCACGAGUUGUGGUUGAUAAUACAUCAUGUGUCUCCCCAGCAAAUGACUCUUCCGAGCUUCAGGAGAUUAAUAAACAAGAAGCUUCCUUCGUGCUGCCUGAUCUAAACCUGCCCGUGGACGAGGAUGUAAGCCCCAUUUCUACACAUGGCUUAAGCUAAUAAAGAAAUGGACGUUCACAGUGUUAUAGACCAAGAUCAUUUCUCCAACUAUGCGUCGUCAUAAGAUAUAUAGAACAUGUCAGUCCUGACUUUGUAGGUUGUUCUAAUGAUAUCGUAGGUGCAGUUUCGUCACUUCUUUUUAGUACGAGGAAAUGUUUUUUUGAUUUAUGAAAGUGCCGUGGGUAGUGUAGAGAUUGCUAACAUCAUUGUUCCAUAACUUCAAUUCUUUUUUUCCCCUUCUCACAGGAUUCUGUGUUGUCCGAAAUUCUAAUGGGCAACCCUGGAUCCGUCCUCAUCAUCAUAUUACUAUAUACAUUAAUGUAAAUCACAUAUUUAGAUAAUUCAACUGUUCUGUUUCUCUUUUUU